CAUCCUUCUGUUCCACAGUGUAACAUUUCCUCUCGAGUCAUUCAAGAUAUCCAAGGUGGAAUGCUUCCGUUAUUCUCCUCUGAUCAUCUUUCAAUCUGUAUGAUAGAAUGAGCUCUACGGUCUUGGCUUUGUCUACCCCAACGCCGAUCUCUGUCUCAACAAGCCAGGCAUGGGACAAUGACGGAGCUGGGCUUUGGUCAACCUUCGUUGUCCAGGUGGGAACGCCUGCUCAAGACUCAAGAGUCAUAGUGAGCACCGCAGGUGAUGAGACCUGGGUUGUCUUGAGCCCGGGAUGCCCAUCUAGCUAUGGAAGUAAUUGCGCGUUCAAUCGUGGUGGGGUCUUCAGUGUGGAUAAUUCGACAUCGUGGGUCAACAUUGCCUUAUACGAACUAGACCUGGAGCUCAAUCUUGGAUACACGGGAAAUGGCCAGUUUGGAUACGACACGGUAACAUUGGGAUAUCCCAACAGUGGCGGGACGCAGCUUUCAAAACAAAUCGUCGCGGGGCUGGCAACACCAGAUUUCUGGCUUGGACAAUUUGGUCUCGACCCGACCCCUAGCAACUUCACGACCUUGAAUGAUCCGCAACCAAGUUUUUUGUGGACGUUAAGGAAUCAAUCGAUGAUCCCAAGCACUUCUUGGGGAUAUACUGCAGGUGCAUCAUAUAGAUACGAUAAAGUUCAAGGUAGCCUUACCCUCGGGGGCUACGAUACUUCUCGAUUUUCUUCAAACAAUGUUACCUUUGAUUUCUAUAACGAUGUGUCCCGUAGAUUCCUCGCCGACCUCAGAUCCAUCACAUAUAUUCCUACUGGCGUUUCGACAGUCACGACUUCGACCACGUUAAUGUCGGAGACAAUUUCAAUGUACAUAGAUUCGACUAUACCAUAUAUAUACCUUCCUAUCGAUAUUUGUGCCAAGUUCGAAUCAGCAUUUGGCCUGGUCUGGGAUGAUACCGACGAGAUUUAUACAGUCAACAGCACAGCACACGCAUUGCUCACAAACACGAAUCCAAGCAUCACUUUUACACUGGCCAAUACCGCUGGUCAAACUCUGGACCUUGUUCUUCCAUACGCCGCCUUUGAUCUCACAGCAUCCUUUCCUGUUAUAUCGAGUGGCGCCAAUUCUACUAAUUACUUUCCUCUCAAACGUGCCGCGAAUGAUACCCAGUAUACUCUUGGUAGAGCUUUUCUCCAAGAAGCAUACCUGAUAGCCGACUACGACCGCUCAAAAUUCACUGUUGCGCCUUGUGUCUGGCCUUCGACGUUUACAGAGAACAUCGUCGCCAUAUAUCCCCCUGGAGCAAAUCACAACAGUAGUAACACUACCGUCACAAUCACACAUGGUUCGUCGAGCAGCACUCCAAUUGGAGCUAUAGUCGGUGGUGUGGUAGGAGGGAUUGUUCUUAUACUAGCUGCUAUACUCGCUUAUUGGUGGUUUGUGUACAAACCUAAACACAAGAAAAGUGCCAAGCUAGAAGCUCCUUCCUCGACUACCGACGUAGAGACUGGACUGACAACAGGUGUCAAUGUUCAAGAUAGGCCCGAGCUGGAUGCCAGUACGCAAGUAACAGAGUUAUCGGCUUGGGAAGAAGCAGAAAAGAAACGGCGAGCGAUGUCUGAAAUAGCCGGCACGCCUCUUCUGGGGCACGAGAUGGACAGCCACGCCGGUAUCGGCAAUGAGCUGGACAGCCCUCAGGUUUUCGAAAUGCCAGCGAGAGAGCCAGUGGGCAGUGAGUUGCAUACACCGCAACCGAGUCCCAGGCAAAGCCCCAUAUUAGGUGAGGGAUUGAUUAGUCCAAGAAGUCAGAGUGGUGGACGGAGUCCUUUGAGCUUGUUGAGUAGGGACAGUAGCAGAGAUCCAACAAGAGAAUAUACUAGGAACAGACGAUAAGAAUAAUAGUAUGUUUAUGAUAUCCAAAAGCGCAAGAACUGUCUGAUUUUCGUCAGAGUAAGCUUGGUGGUGUGCGCAUACUUAUGUAGCUAUAGAUAUUGUAAUGUAAGUACUUAGGUACCAAAGCACA